GCGGCGGCCGGCGACGACUCUGGAACCGUUACGACCCUACCUUCCGUCCAGUCCCGUGCGAACGCUCGGUCGCGGAUAUCUCGAUCCGGUCAAGGAAAACCCGAGGAAUCCCAGGGUUUCUCGCGUGUUUUCGACCGGCCUCGCCGGCCAGUUGCCGAUCGGAGUUCGAACGGACCGCUCUAGCCGCACAGCCGAGGCUCGAAACGACUCGUGAUCAGUGCGAACCGAGCCUCGAUUUUCUACCAGAAAAUUUUCGAGCUUAGAAGAGACGGAGAAGACUCGCGUGGAAGGUGGUCUAGCCGAUUUCGAGAGCAACGAGGCUUCUUCGGCGGUUUCGAGUGUCCGAGGAACAUCGGGGUCGAGGAACGUCGCCGCGAACGUCGACAUGAACGUCGUCGGCCGGCUCUUCGUGGUUCUACUGGCCCAUCAGGCUAUCGCCGGCACAGUCAGGAGUCCGCCAGCUUUUUCGAAGCCCGUGUACUCGGAUUCCUAUCUGCCCGCUGCCAUGCAGGUGAUAUUCCACGCGGUGGAGCAGCUGAAGCUCGCCCAAUCGGACGAGAGACGAGAAGUCGUAAGCAGUACCACGCCGAUCUGCCUUGAAUCGGACACGCAGACGCAAUCAUCGUCUUCGACGACCAUGAAAACGACCACCGGACAAGCCGAAGAGGGCAAGGAGAAAGAUGGAGGAUCGAAAGAAGCGUCGGCGACUUCGAAUCGCGUGGAGACUACGACGAAGCUGUUGCAAACCAAGGAAAAUACGACUAAUUCGGGUCACCAGAAGCUAUCAGAGGCUGGCCCGAGCUAUCGAGUGCCGACAGAGGCUAGCUCGAUCUAUCAGGAGCCGUCGGAGAUGAACGCGGAGACGCCCGAGCUGAAUUACGCGACGCCAGAAACGAAUUACGAGUCGCCGGAAACGGAACACGCCGUGCAGGAAACGAACGAGGAAAUUCCCGAGGUGGACCAGGAGCCGCCCGGCUCGUCCCCGAUCGUUCCGGAAGCUGGCAAAGGGUCGAUCGACGUCUCUGGAACGUCNUUCGCUAAGGAAAAAGUUACUUCAAAUGACCCAAGGAAUCCAUCGUCUCAGCUAGGAUUAACGAUUCAAAAAAACCACGCGAUGCAGGUGAUAUUCCACGCGGUGGAGCAGCUGAAGCUCGCCCAAUCGGACGAGAGACGAGAAGUCGUAAGCAGUACCACGCCGAUCUGCCUUGAAUCGGACACGCAGACGCAAUCAUCGUCUUCGACGACCAUGAAAACGACCACCGGACAAGCCGAAGAGGGCAAGGAGAAAGAUGGAGGAUCGAAAGAAGCGUCGGCGACUUCGAAUCGCGUGGAGACUACGACGAAGCUGUUGCAAACCAAGGAAAAUACGACUAAUUCGGGUCACCAGAAGCUAUCAGAGGCUGGCCCGAGCUAUCGAGUGCCGACAGAGGCUAGCUCGAUCUAUCAGGAGCCGUCGGAGAUGAACGCGGAGACGCCCGAGCUGAAUUACGCGACGCCAGAAACGAAUUACGAGUCGCCGGAAACGGAACACGCCGUGCAGGAAACGAACGAGGAAAUUCCCGAGGUGGACCAGGAGCCGCCCGGCUCGUCCCCGAUCGUUCCGGAAGCUGGCAAAGGGUCGAUCGACGUCUCUGGAACGUCCUCGAAGCCGGGGUCCAUCGAGCAGACGAAGAAAGUGCCAACGAUCGACAGCGUGGUGCAAGAAGUGUACGAGAUCGUGAAGCCCACGGCUUCGGGCCUCCUGGAUCUGCCGAUCGGGGAGUCGAAGGGCUUCCUGCCUGCCUCCGCGGAGAAGCUGGAGAUCUUGGAGGACGAGGAUGACGAGAACAGGUUCACGCGGCUGGGCGAGAGGGUGACGCAAGUGCCAAGGCCGAGCCUAACCAGCUACUUAAGGCGCGCGAAAGUGCCGCCGAGCGCGACUCUUCAGCAGCUGGCGAACCUCUACGACUCGUUGAGCAAGGACGCGAGGAAACAAGGGUUCGGCAAGUACACCGGCUACUCGGACGAGGUGCUGAACACCCUGGAGACGUUCGCGGAAGGCGGCGUGGCGCCGCAAUUGAAGAAGAUCUUGGACAAGGUCUUGGAGCGGAACGAGCUCACGCGAGAUGACGCGAGAACGAGGACCAGACAGGCCAUCAGGGACUUGGACGACCCGUCUAGCACCCUCAGCAGGGAGCUCAGGCCUCUGUUACCCCUCAGAUACUCCCCCUAACCGAUCGACGGUCUCCCGACCCCGGGAGAAACGUCGACGGAGUGGCUGCCGAACCGAGUGCCGACCCACGCCAAUGCGUGCGACGGACGCCGUGCAUGUACGAUUACCGCCUAAUAAAAUGAUUCCUGCGAUCAA